GCAGCAGCGUUAGCAUUAGCAUUAGCAUCUGUGUUAGGCUGGUAGUUAGCUCGGAGUUCCGGCGUUUGAGACCCUGUGCGGGUCUUUACAGAACCGGGACAGGACCUCCACACCCCGCUCCCGCACCGGGGGACCGCGAGCACCGCGAGCACCGCUAACAGGUUCUGAAUGAUGAUUUGCUUAAGGCACUAAAGUUCCCAGGUGUCUGAGAGGCAGCAGAGCAGCAGAGAUCCACCACCACCACCACCACCAUGUCUUCCAAGUCGUCUCUGCUGAAGGUGAUCCUGCUGGGCGAUGGCGGCGUGGGCAAAAGUUCGCUCAUGAAUCGCUACGUCACCAACAAAUUCGACAGUCACCUUUUCCACACCAUUGGCGUGGAGUUCCUCAAUAAAGACCUGGAGGUGGACGGGCGCACGGUGACGCUGCAGAUUUGGGACACGGCGGGGCAGGAGCGUUUCCGGAGUCUGCGAACGCCGUUCUACCGCGGGUCCGAUUGCUGCCUGCUGACGUUUAGCGUCGACGAUGGCCAGAGCUUCCGCAACCUGGCCAACUGGAAGAAGGAGUUUGUGUACUACGCCGACGUCAAGGACCCGGACACCUUCCCGUUCGUGGUGCUGGGAAACAAAGUGGACGUUAGCGAGCGGCAGGUGUCUCGAGAGGAGGCGCUGCAGUGGUGCCGCGACAACGGCGACUACGCGUACUACGAGACCAGCGCCAAAGACGCCACCAACGUAAGCGCUGCCUUCGAGGAGGCUGUGCGGAGAGUGCUGGCCACCGAGGACCGAGCCGAGCACCUCAUCCCCACAGACACGGUCAACCUGCACAGGAAGCCGCGCACUGGCGCCCCCUGCUGUUGAUGUUGAUGAAAUUAAAUGGCGCCUCCUGCUGGAAAAUAAUAAAUUUGCUCCUGCUGUUGACUUAAAAAACACCUCGACUAAACGAAAAUAAAAACAUAAACUAAACUAACGUGAGGCUGCUGGACAGAACAGAAGAGAAGAGAAGAGAAGAGUCUGAAUAGAGUCUCUGAGGCCUCGUUCACUAUAGACGUGCACUAAACACUGGGUUCGUACCACUGUAGACUUUUUAAAAUGCUUACUCAGCUCAAGACUAGCUCAAGACUCAAGAUGUUGGAGCAAAAAAAAUAAAUAAAUGGACAUAAUCUCUCCUGUGCAGACUUUGAUACAUUAAGCACUAUAUAUAUAUUCUAAUAUCGAGACUUGAGAGUGAUGCAAUACAUUUUUAUUUUAUGAAAAUUUAGCUUCCUGUAACGAUUAAUAAUUAUUAACGCAGGGGAAAUGCACUUGUCAAACACUGUGGUGGAGUUGUUUCUAAUCUAUUAACAUUUAUAGGAGAGAGAGUGUAGAGUGUGCCAAGUGUCGACAUGUAUCAGUGUAUCAUGUAGAUUUUAUGGCUUAAAUUAAAAUGUUGAGAAAAGCAGAAGUAAAAAAACUAAAGGUAAGCACUUGUUUCUGGAGCGUAAUCAAAAGCACUAAAAUCUGUCAUGGAAUUGAAGCAGAAUUAAUCAAUAUUGUUGAUCUGUGGUGAUUUCUGUGUCUUUAAAAAAAUAAAACAUCACAACUAGGUUUGAACCUAAUAUUGAUCUUUAAGAAAAGUAUUGAUAUAUUAAGAAAAGAAUUAACACGUAUUUAACAGUGAGAUAUGAAAUGUUGCAUGUGGUGAGCGGGAAAUUAAAGUAGAAAUAACAAGGCAGAGCUGAAUUUGUGGUUUUCUUGUUUUGUUUUUUUUUCUUCUCAUGCAUUUUGUGCACACACUGGAAUGGUUCCAUAAAUGCUGAAUCAGAAUAUUGCUAAAUAUAUAAAUAAAUAUAAAUAAAGUCCCCAA